AUGAAAACCAUCAAAGGAACGGUCAACUAUGUCAGGAAAUUCAUCCCAGACUUAGCCGCCGUCACCGCACCAAUGGUCGACCUUACGAAGAAAGACGCAGUGAAGUCGGUAGCGAAACGCUGGGGUCCGAAACACGAUGAAGCAUUUGCCGAAGUGAAACGAUUACUCACCAACGCUCCUGUUUUGCAAUUUCCGGACUUCUCUAAAGAGUUUAUUUUCCACGUAGACGCAUCUGAACUGGGAGAAGGAGUAUUCCUGGCACAACAGAAUGGCGAUGACGUGAAUAUCGUAGCAUACUUUAGCCAGCGAUUCAACAAAAACACUACUCUGCCACCAUGA